AUGAAAUACGCUUGUGAAUCAUGCAACACUCAGAUUCUGGACUUUGACGUGACAGAAGUAUUCGUUUGCAACGGUGAAGCCACUUACUUGGUGGACAACGUGGCAAACAUCAAGUUAAACGAUUCUUAUGGAUGUGUACAAAAUAAUAUUUUUGGGUGCGUUAAUGUAGGCGGCAUCGAUUGUAGUACAUGUGGGUGUCAAGUCGGUAUGCAGUUGCUAAAUAAAGAUAUUCGAGAUCAAUUUAUUUUCGAUGAUGAUUUGUGUGGUAGCGAUAUGUUUAGACUGUUUAGUAAGCACGACCAGAGUACAAUAUCUUCCAGCAAUCUUGACGAGUUCGUAUAUGCGUUAGAACUCUUAGAAGUAGAGAAUACUAAUAAGUCGCAUAAGAUAACGCUUGAUAAUGAACAGAAUAAGUCUACACAAAAUAGCCUUGAAGAAUACGCAUCAGCUUUGGAGGUCUUGGAAACAGAGAAUAUGUACAGAUUGCAGGUUUCUACCUUGCGGAAUCGACUUUUGAGAAACACCAUGGACCAGUUGAAACUCAAUUCAAUGAUACCGGUGGUGAACGACCAUGGGAAUUUUGUGUUCCAAGGAAUUUUUUUACUCCUACUGCAUUCGAUCAGCGUAGCAAAAGAAUAA